CUUAAAAUAGAUAAAAAUGAAGUGGGAUCUUGUUGUGCCAGCUGGAUAUAAACCUUUACCUCCAAUUGUUAGCGAAACUUCAGACAAAUUUCGAUGGCCUUUUCAGCAAGCGAGAGCUAAAUGCAUUUUACUGCCAGACAGAAUUCCGGUAGGUGGGUCGCAGGAAUCACCACCUCGCAAACCUCGUUUAAAGUAUCAUAAACAGUCUUCUUAUACUGACACUUUCGUCAAAUUUCCGCAAGUGUUCAGUCGAGUUCAAAAGCCUGAUUCGGGAUGGUUGGAUCCAGUGGGCAAAUAUGGCGAUUUCAAGGGUGAUUCGUCAUAUGAAGAAGACUUUCAGUGGCCUCGAAUGCAGGAAAGAACCAAAGUCUUUCCUUUAGUCUCUACAGUAGGAAUGGGCAUAUUGCCUCUUUUAGGUGAGGCUAGCAAGAAAGCCAUAACAUUAGCAACAAUUCUAAAGGAAAAACGUGAAAUCGGAGACCAUGAUACAACUCAAGAUACCAGGGCAUCUUCUUAUUGGGAAAGGCAUUGCAAUCCAGGCAUGCCAACAGAAUGUGUAGAAACAACCCUGACUACACACUUAAAUGACUAUACCAUGCAUUCUAGAGAUCGGAAAACGGAUACUAUUAAGAAACUCAAAUCAACUUUAAAGUUUUCGGGAGACAUGGAAACCACAUCCACCACUAUGAGAGACUACAUGCACCCGAAACCACACACUGAAACUUCCCGAAAGUGACCACUUGUGGUUCCAAGCAGUGUUGCGCUCCUAUAAAGGUGAUCGACUUAGAGAAAAUAACUAUCAUCCAUGGACUUAAUCUGUUCGCUUUCCAAGAAAUACCAGUCAUUUUGAGAUAUUCUGGUAGUGUAGAAUCAUUAGAAUUUUUCUAUGCUGGAACGUGAAAAAUGGCUAAUGCCCUCAUUGGGACUCGAACCCUGGACCUCUAGAAUACGCGUCGAGUAUGCUUCCAGUUACAUCAUGAAGACAUGCGAAAAGAGGGAGAAACUCACACAGUGAAGCAACUCACAUCUGUCAUGCAGAGCUGCCGUCUGGUUUCAACAUUUUAAAUAGAGUUUGCUCUUUGGAGUAUUUGGAUCCGGUGCUUCAAUGUAGGUUGAAUGUGCGUUGUAUAUGGCUUUCAUUUCGGUGAAAAUGGUCUCUGCGUUUGUUAAAUUGGUAAGUAUAAGCAUUUACAAUGAUUUCUGAAUAUCUUAAGUGAGUGAGAUGGCAUUUCAGUUUAAUUGCAAUUUAAAAAAC